AAGCAUGCUUAUUUAGAAGUUAUUUCAUUAUUGCUUUGAGUUUUGUUGUUGAUUUUAUAUAUUGGAAUUCGAAUUUUGUUAUAUCCAAUAAGUUGCUAAAAUUUUAGGUUAGUUGUGUGUGCUGGUCUAUAAAUUUUUCUUUCUUUAUGUUCAAAUGUUUUAAUGGGUUAGGUACAUUAGGUAUUUAAAUCGUAAAACAUAUUACUGUUUCGAAGUCAAACAUGUUUUACUUAAUAGGAUUGGGUUUAGGAGAUGCAAAAGAUAUCACAGUUAAAGGUUUAGAUAUUGUUAAGAAAUGUGAUAAAGUUUUAUUGGAAGCCUAUACUUCAAUCUUAACAGUUGGAAAGGAUGCCUUGGAAGAGUUCUAUGGACGGCCUUUAAUAAUAGCAGACAGAGAAUUAUGUGAAAGUAAUAUUGAUGACAUACUGAAAGAAGCAAAAGAUAAGGAUGUGGCAUUACUGGUGGUUGGAGAUCCACUUGGUGCUACAACACAUACAGAUAUGCUAUUACGUGCAAAACAAUUCAAUGUCGAAACUCAGAUAGUUCACAAUGCAUCUAUUAUAAAUGCCGUUAGUUGCUGUGGAUUGCAGCUCUACAAUUUCGGUGAAACCAUUUCAAUUCCCUACUGGACAGAAACAUGGCAACCAGACAGUUUUUAUGAUAGGAUCAUUCAAAAUUUUUCAAGAAAUUUACAUACUCUUUGUUUACUGGAUAUCAAGGUCAAGGAACCAACAGAAGAGUCACUAACAAAAAAAGUUCGCCAAUAUAUGGACCCUAAGUUCAUGUCAGUUAAGGAGGCCGCAUCACAACUGGUGCAAAUAAUCAAAACUAAGCCUGAUACAGGGUUUACAAUAGACAGCAUCGCCGUUGGACUUUCAAGAGUUGGCGCACCAGAUCAGACAAUAGCUGUAAAAUCAUUAUGUGCAAUGCAACAGUGUGAUCUCGGACCGCCGCUGCACAGCCUGGUCAUUCCCGCUCCCAAUCUACAUCCGCUUGAACUCGAUUACCUGGCUCAGUUUAGAUAAUAUUUUACGUUGUUGAUUUUAUAAAUUAAUUAAUGAAUUAUUUUCUGUAAGAAAUCAAUAAAUGUCUAUGAAGUAUGUCA